AUGGUGCUCAUAUCUGGAACACAGAAUCUACAUCCGCCGCCGCCCACGCUCGCGCUCUCUCUCCGCCGCACACGCUGCUCCCCGCGGCCGGCCAGGUGCUCUCCAGCCGGCGAGGCCGCCGCACCCUCUCUCCCGCCCACCGCACCCUCUCUCCCGCCCACCGCAUGUCCACCGCCGACCCCACUCCACACAGCCGCCGGUGGAACCCUACUCCAUACUGCUGCCGCGCCUCCACCGACAGGAGCUUUCUCCGCCGCCCCCUCCGUCUCCAGAUGGUCUUGCCGUUGCCGUCCAAACCCUACAGGAGGUUGGCCUUUUCGUCCGCGCCCAAACUCGUCUAUCUCCUGGAGGUGCCGCCGGCAAGAAGUGCAUGGCAAAAGAAGGCGGCCAAACCUACUAACCAGGAAUACCACUAACCAGCGGGAUCCGAACGAUGUGUGGAUUUCCAAAAAGAUUCUCUUACCUAUGCCUACAAGGUGUUUGAUGAAAAUCCAAGCAAGCUGCAAAGAAUAUUCAUCUAUGAAAAUGCAAGAGGACGAGGAAUCAUGAAGCCAGUGGCUCGGGAUCUUUUGUUUAAUGGUGACUGAAUCGUUGGAGAUGCAUUUUAUCCAUCAUUUUGUAAACCCGCAUUGUGAUUGAGACAAUGAACCAUAUGGUUCCUUUUUAAUUAGUUACGUUAGUUUAUGGGAAAUUUGGAUGGUCAUUAUGUUAAUAAUGGAUGAACUAUUUAUAUGUGAAAUUAAUUAGUAUUUUUUUAUUGUUUGGUUA